AUGGAUAGGGUUCAAAUUCAAGAAAAAAUAUUAACCAAGUUUGAUAAGGAGUUUUUCUCUCUUGUCCACAGUCGGAUGGUUGUUAAUUCACAUUUUCUGAGCAAUUCAUGACCUGGAUCAUUUGGUUUUGCAGAAAACGAAGAGAAUAAUACUUACGAUAUUAUUACCAAAGAUUGGAUAGCAUUAAAUAUUAGAAACAUAAAUCUCCCUUCAGACAUCUCUACUACGAUGGAAAUCAAUUAUAGUAAGAAGGAUUAUAAGAAGAUUCUGCACAUUUUGGAGAAUGUCAAAUUUAACAAAUUUUUACAUUUUGUUAUUAAUUCUAAAACCAUAAUAAGAAUGAAUAAACUGAGGAAUUUAAAAAUCAAUAUUAUUAAGAUUUUGCCAAGAGCUACUGGGGAGGUAAAUAUAUCGAAAUUUAUGCUUCCCAAAAAAUUCUUCCUGGCGUUAAUGAAAAGUAUCCAUUCAGUGCCUUCGCUAGUGUUAAACUUAUGAUGCUUAGAAGAAGUAGAUUCAAAAGUAAGACUUAGAGGAAAUUAUGAACUAGUCCAACUAACUUUAAGCAGAUGUAUGAAUAUUAGCAAAAUAGAUCUUGCUCACGACAUGCCAGAAACUAUCUCCAUUUUCAAAUUUAUAAAAUAAUUCCCCUUUCUCCAAAACACUCUCAAUGAUCAUGACUGACGAAAUUGGCACAGAAGACCAGAUCCAGACCCUCAGAAAGGAAUUUUCCCUCACUCACAUCUGCUUCAACGGAAAAACCCGGACUCCCACUGCCACAUUUUAUUUAUUCUAGCA